CGCGCGUGCGUGCUGCCGAUGAUGCGCGUGACGCCACGAGCAGGAUCGGAUCGGAAGCGCAGUGGACAGACAGGACCCGAGCAGCAGCAUCAGCAGCAGAAACGCCACAAAAGGAGCACAGCGAAGGUUGAAGCUCGGCUCUCCGCUCCUCCCUGCAGGCUCUCAUGCUCCGGGUCUGCGGCACCAUGCGCGGCUUGUUCCCCGCCCUGCUGUCGGUGCUCCUGGCCGGACUCGCGACCGCGUCUUCGGAUCUGUUUGACAACCAGCUGGGGGAUAUCAAUUACUGCAAAAAGCAAUGCCAGCUCACCAUACAAAACAAAAGCCCCGCUAAAGACUCCAUAAUGAAUGCCUGUCACCGCGGCUGUCGUCUCUACUCCAUCUGCCAGUUUGUCAAUGGCAACGCCGGCUUCAACACCAGCAGGGAGGAAUGUCAGGGAGCCUGCCAGGAGGCAUAUAUCAAGCUGCUGGAGCAGGAGGCCUGCAGCACCGGCUGUGCCAGCCAGCCCUCUGAACCUGAGAUCAAGAGGAGGAAGCUGAAGGCUAUGACUCUGCGCCCAAAGCCUCCCUCUGUGAUGGAGGCGGUAUCCAGCUGGUGCAACGACAUUGUCAGCUCUGCCCAGAGCUUCAUCUCCUCCACCUGGACCUUCUACCUGCAGGCUGAUGAUGGCAAGGUUGUGGUGUUCCAGAGCCAGCCUGAGAUGGGGUACUCGAUGCCAGAGCUGCAGGCUCCUCGAUCCAGCGUGGCUGACAAACCCUGGCCUCAGGUCCACUCCCACACCCAGAGACCCCACGGUGUGAGGGGACACGGAGACAAAGGAGCUGCUAAAGCAUCAGGGAAAGGGAAACACCCCGUCCAGCACGCAGAAGACCCCGCAGCCGACCACGACUUCCUGGGCUGCAUGUCAAGACGUUCGGGCCUUCCGCGGUGGAUUUUGGCUGCUUGUCUCUUCCUGUCCAUCAUGGUCAUGUUGUGGCUCAGUUGUGCCAGUCUGGUAACUGCGCCGGAGCAGCAUAUCAAAACACAGCUGAGUAUCAAUGGGGAUAAAGAGUUCCUGGAGCAUGUGCACAAAGUCAACCCGUACCACCUGAACCCCAUGAUAGCUGUCACCGUGAAGCAGUCAGAGGACAAUCAGGAAGCAGGGCCGCUGCCCGUCAAAGUUGACCUCAGCAAAACCUGUGUUUAGGAGGAACCAGCGGCAGAGCGGCUGUCUUGUUUCCCUUGGUAACUUUGUCUAAAAUAUGUGGCCUGUCAGUGACAUAGAAACACAUCACGCCACUCAUUCCGCAGAAUGUUUAUAAACAUGUAAUAAUAGAAAUAACAGUAAUAUAUUAAUAACGAUAACGCAUGGCACCCUCCCUGUCAUUUAAAUUGAUUUGAAACAUCUUGCUGAGUUUUUCCAGUUAGCUGCACUUGUCAUGCGUGUCAUUUCCUUGUAGAGUCCAGAUCUGUCCGUUCAUCCUGAGAUUCUAAUUAACCGCCGACUGGUUACGUCGCUGCUAAGAGACGAGACAUGUUCCUGUCUCAGAGCCACACACGAGACAAGCACAGAGGACGCGUUAUGUCUCAGAGCUAUUCUGACACUUUUCAGACCACACACACACACACACGUUAGAUUUGAUUCCUCUCAUUCUCGCAUAGGUAGGAUGAAUAAAAACAGCUCACUGUUUGAUUGUAGAAAUCAAGAGAGAGAGAGAGAGAGAACGAACGAGGGAUGACGGUGAGCAAGUACCUGACAGCACUGCAGAAAACAAACACCCAUAACAAACAGUUUACAGUGAGUUUACACAACCAGCCUUAUGAGCUGAUCACAAAUGGCCCAGAAAUAGAAAAUCACCUUACUUCUUAGGCGAGCCAUUCUCACUAAUGAAACAAAAAAGCUCAAUUUGUGUUUUCUAAAUUCACGUGCUGUCAGAUGCAUCCCCUAACAGCACUCACUCAAAAAAAAACCUUUAUUUCUUUUCUACUGUAGUUAUUCUGAAGCAUCUGCGUGAGCUGAAUUAUGAAAGUGGUGUGACGUAUCAUGGAACUGUAAAUAUAGGAGGAAGAGUGCACUCGAUGCUGGGUGAAGGUCAUGGUUAUUAUGUCACUGUAGGAGGUUUGUAGCUGUUACAUGUGCCAUGUGCUUUCUAAUAGCCGACUCUUUUGUAUGUCCUAGGAGCACAUACUUAAGGAUAACCCCUGUAACCAUGUGUAAUGCAAAGCUUUUAUCAUAGAUCUUUGUUUCUAAACAGUCUUAGAGAAGAUCUUGUUUUCCUCUCAGUGCUUUUGAUGUCCUGUAAUGCUCUCCUUUAACCCAAGCGAUGUAGACAAUUAACCAUGCAUGCAAGUGAUUUUUUUCCCCUUUCUUUUUUUUGGGAAAAGAUUUAUCUUAAGCGCUCGCCACGCCUGUACGGCACAGCUCUACUGUGGAUUUGUGAUAUAUAUCUAUAUUAUUUUAGUUAUUUUGGUUCAUAUUUACAGUAAACAUUUAAAAUGUGUAAUAAUGGUCAUAUCCUUGUGGUUUACAGAAAGGACUGUUGAUUAAAAAGCCAUCCAAUCACCUGCUGAGGAGAAUAUCACAAGGAAUGUGAUGUGAAUUUGAAACUGUAUUCUUUCCUUUUUACUACCGUUUAUUUUCAAUGAAAUGAUCCAAAUGAGGAAAUAAAGCAUUGAUGCAAGUGAGGGUUUUCUUCCUUUUAGAAAAAGGACGUUUAAUAAAUGGAUGAUACACAUUAUGAA